AUGGACUGCACCUUCUCCUUCAGCUCUGCCACGCAGCACUUGCCACAGCGGGAUGAGGAGCAGCUGCAGCAGUGGAAGUGCUCUCGGCCCUGGUACCAUGGUGCUGAGCACAGCCCGAGCCCAGGGGACCAGGGGAGAACAAGGAGCCCAGCUGGGCAGGGGAGUCUGAGCAGGCGCUUGGAGCCGCUGGAGUGCCGGGAUCUGCUUGUGCAGAACGCCCUCUUCACUGGGGACCUGGAGAUGCUGCAGAAGUACUUCACCAGGGAUUCAGCCAUCAAUCUCAUCAUUGAGGCCAGGGGUGCUGAGCUGCGCUGGACUAGCAGGAAACGUGGACUCUGGUCUCUGAGCUAUGAGCAGGAGCUGACCACGCCGCUGCACAUCACGGCCAGCCGUGGCUACACGGGCUGUCUGCGGCUGCUACUGCUCAGGGGAGCCACCGUCAACUUCGCCCCGGGUGGCACAACCGCGCUGCACGAGGCCUGUGCAGCUGCCAGCGCCGCCUGUGCCCGCCUGCUGCUCGCCUUUGGCGCUGACCCCGAGGCCGUCUCACAGGAUGGCCACAGGCCCCUACAUCUCUGCAAGAGCCCGGACUCCAUUGAGUGUGUGCAGGAGCUGCUGCAGCACGGUGCCAGUGUGAAGAGUCGGACAGAGGAGGAAGGCGACACGGCGCUGCAUGUAGCAGCACGACAUGGCCUGACAGACCACGUCCAGCUGCUGCUGCGCCAUGGGGCAGAGCUGGAAGCCGAGAACGAGGAGGGGCAGACACCACUGAACGCUGCCUGUGCACAGCCCCAUCAGCCCCAGGACAUGGACCGCUACUACCGAGUGUGCCAGAUGCUGGUGGAGAGUGGUGCCAGUGUCAACACUGCGGACAGGGACCGGCAGCGCCCGCUCCACCUGGCCUGCAAGAAUGCCAACGCUCGCGUGGCAGAGUUAUUACUGACCCAGGGUGCAAACGUCAACAUCAUGAGCUACAGUGGCAACACGGCGCUGCACAACAUCCUGCAAGCAGCUGCCUACAAGCUGGAGCACCAGCCAGAGCUUGUGGUGCAAGUCCUGCUCAACCACGGCGCCAUACGCAUCUGGCCCGGCUCCCUCCUCAAGGUGCUGCGGCACUGCCACAGCUGCCCACGCGCCAUCGAGGCCCUGAUCAACAGCUACGACCGUGUGCAUGUCUCUGAGGACUGGGCAGAAGCGGUGCCCACGGAGGUGGUGCAGAAAUACCCACGUUUCUACCAGUCACUCUUCUCUCUGGGGCAAAGACCUCGCUCCUUGCAGCACCUGGCUCGCUGCACUCUCAGGACCUUCCUGGAGGGCCGGUUGCUGACGGUUCUGUCUGAGCUGCACCUGCCAAAGGCCUUGCACCAUUUCCUGCUGCUCAGCUUUGAGGACGUUCUCUACUGA